UUUAAAAUAUCUGAAGCAUGGCGGAAGCCGUAAAUGGCGCUGCCCGUGCUAAAAGUUCAUGCUAAAAUUGUCUUUUGGCUACUAGAGAUCUCUAUCAUUUUCUAUGUGGACAACAUCAACUUAUUUUUGAUAAAGCGUCGCGUUAAGGCCAGCUGGUGAAUUCAGAUAACAGUAUGCCCGGGGCUGACAAAGAAGCAGAUUUAACAGAGCGAAUUGAGGCUUUUCUGGCCGAUUUAAAGCGGGGAGGUUGUGGGACAGGACCGAUCCGAGGGUCGGGAGAAACCGCCAGAGAAACGACAGCUUUGCUCCGGAAAGUAACAGCCCAGGCACGAUGGAGCAGCGCAGGCGACCUGAUGGAAAUUAUUCGCAAGGAAGGGAGGAGAAUGACAGCCGCCCAGCCGUCUGAGACCACCGUGGGCAACAUGGUACUGCGCGUCCUCAAGAUCAUCAGGGAGGAGUAUGCCAGGUCUCGUGGUAGCAGCGAGGAGACAGACCAGCAGGAAUCCCUUCACAAGUUGCUAACGUCAGGGGGGCUGAGUGAGGAGAACUUCAGACAACACUUUGUUCAUCUCAAAGCCAACGUCAUAGAGGCCAUCAAUGAACUCCUCACAGAGCUGGAGGGCACCACAGACAACAUCGCCAUGCAGGCCCUGGAGCACAUCCACUCCAACGAGGUGAUCAUGACUGUCGGCCGCUCACGCACCGUCGAGGCCUUCCUCAAAGACGCAGCGAGGAAACGCAAGUUCCACGUCAUCGUGGCCGAGUGUGCCCCCUUCUGCCAGGGUCAUGAAAUGGCUACUAAUCUGUCCAAAGCCAGCAUCGAGACCACUGUAAUAGCCGACGCCGCCAUAUUUGCAGUGAUGUCCCGAGUGAAUAAGGUCAUCAUCGGAACACAGACGGUUCUGGCCAAUGGCGGGCUCAGGGCGGUCAACGGAACCCACACUGUAGCUCUAGCAGCCAGGCACCACUCGACUCCGCUCAUCGUCUGCGCUCCCAUGUUCAAGCUCUCUCCUCAGUUUCCCAAUGAAGAGGACACAUUCCAUAAGUUUGUCUCCCCACACGAGGUGCUUCCCUUCACAGAAGGAGAGAUUCUAUCCAAGGUCAACGUGCACUGCCCAGUGUUCAACAUGUGACUUUACUCUGUUUCUCUAUAGGAGAGAUUCUAUCCAAGGUCAACGUGCACUGCCCAGUGUUCAACAUGUGACUUUACUCUGUUUCUCUAUAGGAGAGAUUCUAUCCAAGGUCAACGUGCACUGCCCAGUGUUUGACUACGUUCCUCCUGAACUCAUCACUCUGUUCAUCUCUAACAUUGGCGGCAACGCUCCCUCUUACAUCUACCGGCUGAUGAGUGAGCUCUACCACCCUGAGGACCACGACCUGUAAUGAUAUGCAGACGAUACUCAAUAAUAAAAAAAAAGGUUUAGUGUG